UCUCACACAUUUCAUUUACCAAUUGAUUUCACAAUUUUUUGCCCAAACCAAAAAAAAAUUAAAAAACAAUCGCUAUCGUGAAAAAACCCUCCCGGCUUCACUUUAGGGUUUUUAACAGUAUACUUAUAAACCCUUUGUUUGCCCACUUUCUAACCUAUUGAGGGUGAGGGAGGGUUUCAUUUCAGGGAUCUGCAGGCGGAGGGAUCUACUCGGCCAUCAUGGGUAUCUCACGAGAUUCGAUGCACAAGAAACGUGCCACGGGAGGAAAGAAGAAGCAAUGGAGAAAGAAGCGAAAGUAUGAGUUGGGAAGGCAGCCUGCAAUGACAAAGCUGUCAAGCAACAAGACAGUUAGAAGAGUACGCGUGAGAGGAGGAAAUGUGAAAUGGAGAGCUCUGAGGCUGGAUACUGGUAACUACUCGUGGGGUUCAGAGGCUGUUACUAGGAAAUCACGUAUAUUGGAUGUGGUUUACAAUGCAUCCAAUAACGAGCUUGUCAGGACGCAAACUCUGGUCAAGAGUGCUAUUGUUCAGGUUGAUGCUGCUCCUUUCCGUAUCUGGUAUCAGCAGCACUAUGGCCAGGACAUUGGCAGGAAGAAGAAGGCUCCUGCUGCCGUUAAAAAAGAAACCGAGGAGGGUGAAGCUGCUGUAGAAGAGAAGAGUAGAAGCAAACAUGUUUUAAGAAAGAUAGAGAAGCGGUGUGAAGAUCACAAACUUGAUCCACACAUGGAAGAGCAGUUUGCUGGUGGCAAAUUGAUGGCAUGCAUUUCUUCUCGCCCUGGACAAUGUGGGCGCGCGGAUGGGUACAUUCUCGAGGGUAAAGAGCUAGAAUUCUACGUGAAAAAGUUGCAGAGGAAGAAAGGAAAGGGUGGCGCUGGUGCUGCCUAAGAAUUAAUUUUGGCUUCUUGAGGAUUUCAUUAAAGUUUGUUUUCUGGUAAACAAUUUUUGAGUCAGAUUUUGGGUGACAACUUCUGGUAAUGGACAAUGAUGAAUUUGCUUUUGCUAGUCAUAUUACCAACAUUUGGUGUAAAAUACCUCAAAUUUGAGAGAUGAAUGGAUGCUCUUAUUUCUAGCAUUAGAAUUAAAAUGUCACAUUCAAAGACAA